AGGCGGUGAUGGGUUGACAGGUGCGUGACAGUCGGGAGCUUCUCCGCAGGCAUGUACGGCAAAGGCAAGAGCAACAGCAGCGUCCCGUCCGACAGCCAGGCCCGCGAGAAAUUAGCACUGUACGUAUAUGAAUAUCUGCUCCAUGUAGGAGCACAGAAAUCAGCUCAGACAUUUUUAUCAGAGAUAAGAUGGGAAAAAAACAUCACACUGGGGGAGCCCCCAGGAUUCUUGCAUUCCUGGUGGUGUGUGUUCUGGGAUCUCUACUGUGCAGCUCCAGAAAGACGAGAAACAUGUGAACACUCAAGUGAAGCAAAAGCCUUUCAUGACUAUAGUGCUGCAGCAGCUCCCAGCCCAGUGCUAGGAAACAUUCCCCCAGGAGAUGGCAUGCCAGUAGGUCCAGUACCACCGGGGUUUUUUCAGCCUUUCAUGUCCCCCCGGUACCCUGGAGGCCCAAGGCCACCUCUCAGAAUACCCAACCAGGCCCUCGGAGGUGUCCCAGGGAGUCAGCCCCUCCUGCCCAGCGGGAUGGACCCCACACGGCAGCAGGGUCAUCCAAACAUGGGUGGGCCGAUGCAGAGGAUGACUCCUCCAAGGGGAAUGGUGCCAUUAGGACCACAGUCUGACCCUUGGUUGUCGUUGCAGAACUAUGGAGGUGCCAUGAGACCCCCUCUGAACGCUUUAGGUGGCCCGGGGAUGCCUGGGAUGAACAUGGGCCCUGGGGGUGGUAGACCUUGGCCAAACCCAACCAAUGCCAAUUCUAUACCUUAUUCCUCAGCCUCUCCUGGGAACUACGUGGGUCCUCCAGGCGGUGGAGGGCCACCAGGAACACCCAUCAUGCCUAGUCCUGCAGAUUCAACCAACUCUGGAGACAACAUGUACACUUUAAUGAACGCUGUGCCACCUGGGCCCAACAGACCUAAUUUUCCACUGGGGCCAGGCUCCGACGGACCCAUGAGCGGGCUGGGUGCAAUGGACUCACACCAUAUGAACGGAUCAUUAGGCUCAGGAGACAUGGACAGUAUUUCCAAAAACUCUCCCAGUAAUAUGAGCAUGAGCAACCAGCCUGGCACUCCCAGGGAUGACAGUGAGAUGGGUGGAAACUUCCUCAACCCUUUUCAGAGCGAGAGUUACUCCCCUAGCAUGACAAUGAGCGUGUGACCCGUUCACAAGUGUCGCCGUGAAGACCACAGUGAGUUGGCCCUCCCCAGAGAGCUACUGCAGAAGAAAAUUAUUCGUCCCAGUGUACAGUUUAACUAAAGGAUCUCAGACACAAUCAGACCCACCUGUUUGUUUUUUUUCUCCUACCAUCUCCUCUGUUUUGUCAAGAAAGUGGGUCCCAAACACGCUUGAGACAACUGUAAGGAGUGGCAUGAGAGAAGUGCCCGAGGUGGAGCUGCCAGCGCCUGUCUGUGUGUGUACAUGUGUGGGUCAGCGUGGGGUGUGUGUGUGUGACACCCAAACACACACACACACACAGACCCCAGGACGCUGUCCAAUAGGAUCACAUGACAUCUUACGUAGAAAUCAGAAGUAGGGACUUUUAUUCCAUUUCUUUUUUUUUUUUCACGUUUGCAUUUUAAUUAUUAAAAUUUGCUUUCCCUCUCCCAUCCUGAACUGUUUUAUGUUGCAUAUAUCACUGCUUUGUAAGUUAUUUUUUAAGUUGAACUCAAAGGAUAAAUUCUUUUGAUUUUGUUAGUCUGCCAUUAUGGACAGGAAUAAAAUUGCUUAUACGAGCUUUCAUUACCUUUUAUUUGAUACCAGCUACCCUGUGAAUCACAAAUUGUACUGUCUCAAGAAAUAGAAGAAAGCUCAUCCUAAUUUUUUGGAGAAAUUGAAUAACUUCCACCUAGUUUGGGGAUUUCUUUUGAUACUUUGCCUUUAAGAGAAAAAAAGCACUGAAGGUUAUUUUUCUUCUUUAAUUGAAGCCUAAUAUCUGCAAUAUCUAUUUUAAAUGGAAGC